GGGGCGGGGCCUGGCGGGUGAUGGGACUACAGUUCCCGUGAGGCUGUGCGGCGUCCGGCGAGGGCACCGUCAGCGCUGUGAGGAGAGUGGCGGCGGGGUUGACGCCGGCACUGACGGGGCACCAUGGCUGGGGCGAUGGCCGUCCUGGGCUCCUCCAUCCUGGCCCUCCUAUUGGCUGGGUACUUGGCACAGCAGUAUCUUCCCCCUCCCAAACCGAAAGUGAUCGGUGUGGAUCUGGGCACCACUUACUGCUCAGUUGGCGUGUUCCAACCUGGCACCGGGAAGGUGGAGGUGAUCGCGGACCAAGUUGGGCGGAAGAGUUUGCCGAGUGUGGUGUCGUUCACUGAUGGAGCAAUAUUGGUGGGUUAUGAUGCUCAGGAAAUGGGUGACACCAACCCGCUGAACACUGUGUAUGAUGCCAAGCGCUUUAUAGGGAAAAGCUUCACACCAGAGGAGCUGAGAGAUGAAAGCAGCCGGUACCAGUUUAAGGUGUUAUAUAAUAAUGGAAACGCGGAGUUCUCCAUUUCUGUAAAUGAAUCAUUCCAUGUCACACCUGAGUACAUCGGUUCCAGGUUGCUGUUAGAGUUGAAGAAGAUGGCGGAGGACUAUGUGGGGAUGCCCGUAAGCAAGGCUGUCAUUUCGGUACCAGCAGACUUCGAUGAGAGGCAGAGAAACCACACGGUGAAAGCAGCGCAGCUGGCAGGGUUGGACAUCCUCCGGGUCAUUAACGAACCGACUGCAGCAGCCAUGGCUUACGGGCUUCACAAGGUGGAUGUUUUCAACGUGCUCGUGGUGGACUUGGGGGGUGGCACCUUGGACGUGUCCCUGCUGAACAAGCAGGGAGGAAUGUUCUUAACAAGAGCUAUGGCAGGGAAUAACCAGUUGGGAGGCCAAGACUUCAACCAGCGGUUGCUGAAGUAUCUGUUUAAUCGGGUAUACCAGCGGUUCGGGACUCUGCCAUCCAACAAGCGAGAUGUGCAUCACCUGCGCCAAGCCGUGGAAGCGGCCAAGCUGAACCUGACCCUCACUGACUUGGCACUGAUUCGGGUCCCACUCUCACUGCCGGAUCCCAGGCAGCCUGGUGAAGCGGCAAGGGACAGUAGAGGGGGAGAGGCUGAAGGCAGCAACCAGGUCGUGUUCGAAGAAACAGUGACCAGAGACCUCUUUGAGGAGCUCAACAGGGACCUGUUUGAGAAGAUCCUGGAUCCCGUGAAAGAGGUCCUCUCCCACGGCCACCUGGAUCGCUACGAGGUGGACGAGAUUGUGCUGGUCGGCGGAUCCACCCGCAUCCCACGGAUACGACAAGUUAUCCGUGAGUUCUUCGGCAAAGAGCCCAAUACCUCCGUGGAUCCUGAUCUGGCUGUGGUGAUUGGUGUUGCCAUACAGGCAGGGAUCAUGGGUGGUUCAUGGCCAUUGCAGGUCAGUGCCCUGGAAAUUCCCAACAGGCACUUACGGAAAACGAACUUCAACUAAUGGAUUCCUUGCCUCACCACCCACACAUUGAAGUUGCUUACAGAGGAUCAGAAGUCCGCUUAUUGUUGUGGACUGGAGGCGGAAAACGCAGAUGAAGUGUUAACACUCUUACCACAAUCUUCAGAGUUACCUCCUUGCCUUCUGGUAAAUCAUUUGGGGAGGUCGGUCAUUAAUUUUGGAAGCUUUGCCUUAUUAGUAUUCUGUUGUUUUACCUUCCUCUCUUUUUAAAGCAGUUCUAGUGGCUCUAACUAAUACUAGGGCCAUAUUGCUUGUCACAUUGGACAGGUUACCAGAUAUUACUGCUCACAUCAAUCUUUACACGCUCUGCUGUUUCCUGGAUACCUUUUUAAUUGUCACCUCUCGAUUCGCUGAUAACGCUCAGUGCCAGCGUGCUGCAUUCAGUCCAGUCGAGAGGAUUGUGGGAAUUUUAUGGUUUUGGGUCCACCUCCUUAUAGUUUCCGCACUUGGCUAUUCUGGCCUACACGGUAGUCCAGGCAGCGGGAGUGGAGUUCCUGGCUCUGAUUACUCCCCUCUGCAAGGGUAGUCAGAUGAAGAUGGGAUUAGCUUUAUCCUGGCAACACUUGCUUAUCUGAAGUUGGCCCCACAGAAAGUAUGGGACAUGUACCCCAAGGAUAGCUGGUUCUUGGUGACGGUGAACCGUGCUGAACUUUGGGCAAGACAGUUGGUGGAAAGAAUCUUUGGAUUUCAGAAAAUACCCAAUAAAUAGUCUGACAAGAUGGAUGAUGAAGGAACUGAUUUUUAAAGGAAGCUCUGAUAGGAUCAAGCAUUUCCUCUUUCAGAAUCUUCAACCCAGUGAAUGUUGGAAAUAAAAUGAGUGCUUUGACCCAGGACAUUUGUUUAUUUAGAAUGACUUUACUUAAGUGGUGCCGCCAGGCAAACAGAGAACGUAUAAAUUUAUUAAAUAUAUAUUUAUAUGAAAUUUUAUACAUAAAGGAACUUUAUGAACUAAA